AUGUCAUCAUCCGGGGAAGUGCUCAAAGAACUGCGUGCUCUUCGCAAGCAAAUGGAAGAAGUCAGGCUCAACGACGAAAAGCGAAGAAAGUUUGAGGAAAACCUCCAGAAAGAGCUGCAACAUUUUCGCGAGAAGCAGAAGAUUCAGGAGGAAACGAACAAGCAACUGCUCGAAGAGAUCCGUGCGAUCCGUGCUGGUUUCUUGAAGGAGCCCACCUCAAUUUUGCAAGAAAUCGUCGGAUCGUGGAGUCCGAUUUCAUGGAAAAAUGAUCACGGAUUCAUCCAGAAAUGGGAUUCGGAAGAACGAGAUGGGGCUUACGGUGAAAUAAGAUACUAUUGGUACGCGGAAAAGCUGAAAUGUUCGAUUCUAAGCAAGUAUAUUUCGUUUAACGAAGUCGUUUUUGAUUUGAAUGACAAGGAGAGCUAUUCCAUCGAGAACAAUCGAAUCAAGACGUACGAAACAGUGCUGGACGGGCCCAGAAUUGAGGAUGUCGAGAUAUACAUCGAAAAUGGAAUGCUGCACAUUGUCUACUCGAUAGACGGUUUGCGACACAUUGGUAUCUGUGAAAGAGUCUAA